GAGUGUUGGCAGCGAUUCAUACCUUUUUGUAUUAAUCAAUGCCGUGUGAGGGCUGAGCUAAUACUAUGUUUGCUUUGAAUGCUAUUAAUAACAAAAGGUUUUGCACUAAUAGUGUUGUAUUACUGUAUAUAUUGUUUGUUGUGUUUGUUGUGUAAGUGUAACACAAAAACACAAUUUACUAUUGAUUUGCUUUUUAUUCAACUUAUAGUUUGUUAUCCAAAAAACUUGUGGCAACUGUUUAGUAGUGAAAUAGAGAGACAAAAACAAACAUCUCAUGUCAUGACCACCGAUGACACGAUCGAUGACCAGAUGAUGGCCGAUAAGCUGAUUGAGAGCGGAGACAGCAGUCAGAGAGCCAUAGUGUUAGUGCCGCGCAAUGACCCACUAAUGUUCGUUAAAAUACAUAACAAUCACUUAUAUAAACAGGCCGUCGAACAAAUCAAAUUGGCUGAAGAAGUAAAGAUCACCAAAGAAAAGAUCAAAGAAGUGGAGGAAGAGUGGCAAAACAAUCUCAUGAGUUGGAAGUCUAAGAGACGACAAUCCAAAUACUGCUCACAAGAUGAAAGCGGAACUCCUUUUCCUUCAAACCGAAAAACGCGAACCUUUUCGGAAAUAUUGAGCGAUAAAGCAAAGUCUGGCCAUCGGAUCGGUUAUAAUCUCGACCAAUAUCUUGAAGAACAAGAAAAUCAAAGUAAUUUCAACGAUACUUACGACAAUAAUUCCGACGACACGAUGGAUGAAGAUAAUAGCAUACAUAAUAACAACACAAAUAAUAAUAAAAUAUAUGAAAAUAAUAGUAAUAAUAAUGAAAAGUCUAAUUUAGGAGAUGUUAUUGUGUUUGACACGUCCUUAUUAAAAGAGUUUAGCUAUACAUCCAAUAACGGCGGUCAUAGUCGUGAUGAUAGUGACGAUUCGUCCAUUAUUGAGAUAACCAAUAAUUUUAAACAAAAUUUAGGUAUUAAUUGUGAUCAACAAAAUGACAAUUUAAUUGUUAAUAAAAAUUAUCAUCAAAAUACAAWUAUUGAUAAUAAAAGUGAUUUUAAUGAUGAUUUCAAUCAAACGGGUAUUAAUGAGAAUAGGAUUAAGGUUGAGAUUAAAGAUUGGAAUCAACAGAACAUCAAUCAUCAAAAAGAUAACGAUUUAAUAAAUUUAUUGAAACACGAGACUCAUCAACAACAAGAAAAGUAUCCUCAAAGUGAUGAUCUUUCACAACAAGAUUAUGAAGAAUCGGAACAAAGUAUUUAUAAUAAUAGCUACGAUGCAGAAGAUGAUGACGAAGAAGACGAAGAAUUAGAGAGAUUAGAGCGAUUGGAACAGGAGAAGAGCUUUAAAGCAAAAUUGUCGGCAUUUGAGAGUUUGGCCAAAAAUGAUGAAAUUAAUAAUCAAAAUAAUAGAUCCCAAAGCAAAUAUAAACACGAAGAACUGAAACUAAACUCUAAAGUUGAACAAGAAGUUACACAAAAUCAACAGUUGUCACAACCAAGAGAAAGGCCAGUAGUUUACGGCGGACAACAGACAGAGUAUGAUAAUAGAGAAGAAAGUGAAGAAAUAGUAAACGCAAGAAUCCAACAGUUGCACAAAGAAAGACAACGAGCACAGAGACAACCGAUUCAAUGUCUUAAUCAAGAAGAAGAUCAACAAUUAAUGCAACCACAUAUACCACAACAGUCCCUAAAUGUCAUUUAUCAAUCGCCUAAUUAUAAUAAACAACCGGUGCUUCAGUCACAGCAAUCGCUACCAUCACAACGGCAACAAUAUGAUCAGCAACAGUACUUUUUGAUGGAUGAACCCAUUAAUAAACACAAUCAACAGAUACCAGUGAGAAGUCAGCCACAGGUUAGACCACAGCUGACUAAAAAUACCCAACAAGUAUCACAAAAUCAGCCUCAACUGCCAUACCAACAGCCAAUAUCUACACAACCAGAACAAGAGCACUUGUAUGUCAAUCAAAAACAGCUCUUUGAUAAUCAAAUACAGAACAAUAGCCAUUAUGAAUCCGUUGAAUCUCGACAUCAAAGAUAUGGAUCAUCGGAUCAGGAUUAUUAUAGCAAUUAUGAAUCGACACAACAUGUGCCACAAACGGCCCAACAAUUGAUGACCCAUGCGUUCAAUGAUCAACCGCCACAGUUAAGCCAAACAUUGCCAUCAGAGUCAACGUAUGGUUCACAGCAUAAUCAGUAUCUAUAUUGUCCGAAACCAUACGCCACAAAACCGACAACUACUCCGCCCUCUAUUCAAAACCCAUCAAUGGUUUCACAUCACCAAAAACAGCCACAAACUACAAAAUCGACACAUCCGGCACCUCUUAAACAACAUAAGCAAUCAUUAACUAAACAACAGCAACAACCACAACAACAGUCACAACAACAAAGUGGCUAUAAUCACAAUCAUUGGUUACUACAAGAAGCUGAACUUAGACGACAAUUGGCUACAAUUCCGGGUCAAACAGCAGCUCCAUCGACAGUACCAAGUGUUCAGAGGCCAUCAGCAGCAACUCCUGUAUCAAAUAAGUCAUCGAUAUCAGCGCCACAAAAGGGAAUGCUAUCAGUUUCAGGAAAGAAGAAGUGUUCGUCCUGUGGCGAUGAGUUGGGCAGAGGUUGUGCCGCAAUGGUUGUCGAGUCACUCUCACUUUACUAUCACAUCAAUUGCUUCCGCUGUUCAGUUUGCAACAUACAAUUAGGUAAUGGAACGGUAGGAACUGAUGUACGCGUCCGUAACCAUAAACUUCACUGUCAGAACUGUUACUCCAAUGAUGAGGCCGGUUUAAAGUUUAGUCGCGUCUGAAAUUUACAAAUCAUUUAAAAUGCAAAUCAUUUGACAACAGAUUAAUUGCUGGCAUCAAAACAACAACUUUCAUCAUUCAUAACAAAUUAAAAUUAUUAAUGAAAUAGAUUUUCAAAUAAUAUAAAGAAUUAUUUAACAUAUAGUGUGUUAUUGUUAACUAUAUAUAU